ACCCACCAUGGGAGACCACUAAAGAUAACGAUUCCCUAAGAGAAUUCAUUAUUUUAGUGGGUCUACUAUGGGAAACUCGGAUCCACUAUGGAAAACCAUUAAAAAAUAACGAUUCUCUAAGAGAAUUCGUUAUUUUGGCGGAACAACUAUGGGAGCCUGCUACAAAUAAUGAUUCUUUAAGAGAAUUCGUUAUUUUGAAAAUCAUUAUUUUGGCGAAUUCUCUAUGGGAACUCGCCAAAUUUGAUGAUUCUCUAAGCGAAUUUGUUAUUUUAGCGAACUCUCUAUGGGAACCCGCCAAAUAUGACGAUUCUCUAAGAGAAAAUCAUUAUUUGGCAAAUUCUCUAUGGAAACUCGCCAAAUUUGACGAUUCUCUAAGAGAAAUCGUUAUUUUGGUGGUCCCACUAUGGGAACCGGUUAAAAAUAACGAUUCUCUAAAAGAAUUUGUUAUUUUGGCGAACUCUCUAUGGGAACCUGCCAAAUAUGAUGAUUCUUUAAGAGAAAAUCAUUAUUUUAGCGAAUUCUCUAUAGGAACUUGCCAAAUUUGA